UAGUCGCAUUGUUGUUGGUGGUGGUGGUGGGCGACACCAUUGUUUUCAGUAUUAGCUUUAGUGGUAGUGGUGCUGAUUUUGGUUGAGACGAGACUGUCAAACAGACCUACGGGAUAGACAAACAUAUAUAUAUAAAAAAAGCUUAAACUAAUAAGACUUUCAAGCACCAUUAUCUUCCAACUAAAUCGUAGCACUUACUGUCUACCGUAAAUAGAAAGUAGUAAACAAGUCUUCAUUACUAGAGAGCUUGUCAAUGAUGCUACAAUCUUCUAGUCUCCUCCGAUUUGUCGCUGUUAUUAUUAUUAUGUGCCAGAUUAAUUAAACGUAUUGGCAGUGUAAUGUGACAGAGCAAGCUGCCGGGAUGCCAGUUGUACUAGACGGUCUCCAUGUGGAGAACAACAACAACAACAACAAUAAUAACGACCCGGCUCCUAACAACUUAGCCACGGUGGCGGCGGCAACAGCAGCUGCAGCAACGGCAGCUGCAGCGGCAACCGCAUCCGCUGCAGCGGCGGCAGCAGCAGCCUCCACCACUCCAGGUUCACCUGCUGCUAUGGGACGGAUACAACAACAGCAGCAACAACAGCAACAGCAGCCACAACAACAGCAACAGCAGCAGCAGCAACAACAACAGCAACAAAACAAUCCUUUCGUAAAUGCCCGUGAUAGACUCUUCCAUGCCCUUUUUUAUAAAAUAGCCCUUGCGUAUGCCAGAACGUUCCCAGUGUCUUUCAGAAGAGCAUUUGAAUUUAUUAUUCUUCUCAAGGCUUUGAUAUUCCUGUUAGUAUUCAGCUAUAUCCACACUGUAUUCACACGUUCCCCCAUAAACUGUUUACAAAAUGUACAAAAGACCUGGCCCCGGCAGGGGAUUCUGCGGGUUGAGAUAGUGCGUAAUGCAUCGGAGAACUACACAAUUUUGCAUUCAUAUCGUAAAGAAUACUCAGACCUUAGUUACAUUGUUAACUUACCAACACAAGAAGAUCAACAACAUCAACAACAGCAACAAGAUGAUGAUGACAGUAGCAGUGAAGAAAAAACUUCAAGUUCUAAGGAACAGAGUUCAGUUUUACAGCCUACCGAGGAAGCCAAAGGGGAAGACGGGGCACCCGUGUUAGAAGGUGAGUCACAUGACCAGCUUGGACUGAAUGUGACUGGCACAUCAUCAUCAUCAUCGUCAUCAUCAUCUUCAUCAUCCCCACCCUUGUCCCUGCAGUAUUCUGCCAAUGAUGUUCUGGAUUCCCCUUAUGAGAGGAUUUCCGUCUCAGAGCUGGAGAUGAUAGCACGAGUUGUCUGGCCAGAAGAAAAAUAUAUUGUAGAAUAUUCCUUGGAAUAUGGAUUCUUACGAUUGUCUCCCAAGACAAGAGAUCGGCUUAACAUCAGUGUUAUGUUGGUGACGCUAGAUCCUUUAAAGGAUGAAUGCUUUGGAGACAGCUUUACACGGUUUCUUCUGGAAGAAUUCUUGGGUUAUGAUGAUAUCCUAAUGGCUAGUAUCAAACAACUGGCCGAGCAAGAAGAUAACAAAGGUUUCCUACGCAAUGUAGUAACAGGAGAACACUACAAGUUUGUCAGUAUGUGGAUGACUCGUUCUUCUUACAUGGCUGCUGCGCUCAUUAUGUUUCUGUUUACAGUAUCUGUGUCAACCCUCCUACGAUAUUCACAUCGACAGAUUUUUAUGUUUAUAGUAGACCUUCUUCAGAUGUUGGAGAUGAAUGUAACAAUAGCCUUCCCAGCAGCACCCCUGCUAACCGUCAUUCUGGCACUUGUUGGUAUGGAGGCAAUAAUGUCUGAAUUCUUCAAUGAUACCACCACAGCCUUCUACAUCAUUGUCAUCGUAUGGGUGGCUGAUCAAUACGAUGCUGUCUGUUGUCAUACCCGUAUAAGUAAAAGGUAUUGGCUAAGAUUCUUCUAUUUGUACCAUUUUGCUUUCUAUGCAUACCAUUAUCGUUUCAAUGGUCAGUAUAGUGGGCUGGCACUGUUCACCUCCUGGCUCUUUAUUCAGCAUACUAUGGUAUUUUUCUUUCACCAUUAUGAAUUACCAGCCAUUGAACAGCAAGCAGAAAUUUAUGAAGGAAUACUAUUGGAAGCACGUAUUCGAGUCAACCAAAAUAAUUCUGAGCAGCACCAACAAGGCUCUCACUCCAGCUCUCCUGAUGGUAGUGCUAGCAACACUGAGGAAAACACAAGCAGUCGCUCCAGUCAAGUGCAAGAAGACCAACCGGAUGGCCAUUCACCGCAGACUGCAUCGGACAACUUAGCUGAAUCUGAACUAUCUUCAAUGACCACAACAACCAGUCAUAAUAGUAGUAGUAGUAAUAGCAGUAGUAGUACACCAGACUCUCCUUUUUCAGACUCUAAUACAACACAAGAAAAUACUUCCUCGAUGCCACCAAUGGCACGUUUUAGUCAGAGAUCGAUGAGUCAUAUAGCUCCUCAGGGUUUUGGAGAAAGCACUGGUCGUUCUUUAACUCACCGAGGUAUAUUCCGAUCAAUGUCAGUGCCUCAGGCACCAUCUACUCCGAUGGGAGGCAAUAGUAAUUUGUUUACAACACAGCAGCGCUCUCGUAAUUCUUGGCAUAGGCCAUCAAACGUAUUUCGUAAUAUACUUCUGAACUUUCGACGAAUGCAGCAGACACAGGAAAGACUGCAGGCUGUCUGGACUCAAGAACUCGAGCCAGAAAACACAGGCCCUUACCGGACCUCUUCCGUUGAUUCCAACUUUGAAAUGGUUGAUUGAUUUCUUCGUACCUUUGUUUUCAACCACAAAUCCUAACAACUACAAAAACAACAAAUUUAAAAAAAAAAAAGAAGAGAUACUAAAUAAAGAAGGCUUAUAUCCUUAUCAGGAAUUGCUACUCUGUAUAUUUUUAAUUCUUUGCUCCUCGAUCCAAAACUUCUCUGCCUUCCUCUCCCCCCUCUCUCUCUCUCUCUCUCUCCUUAAGUCCCCUCUCUUAACCUACACCUAGUUUGAACUUCAUAUUUUUCUGGCCCCUAAUUUUAGGUGUCAAAAUAAAAUGAGAACAUUCUCACAAUUUUAACCUUUGUCCCAUGGAAACAAAUUUGAUAUAAAUUUGUAACAAGAUGAAAAGAAAUUCCUCUUUUUUUUUUUUUUGCGCGGUUAUUUUUUUUUGUUAACUCUAGAUCUUUGGUAUUUGUAAGAGGGGAAACAAAUCAGUGUUAAUAUUUAUGUGUGUGUGCAUGCACGCUGUAUGGAUAUGUGUUAAAUGUUUUUGAUGUGUGGUGUGUGUGUACACACACACACACGCACAUACACACUCGUACAUAUGUAUAAUAUAUGUAUAUACACACUUCUGUAUAUAUGUUUAUGUGUAUAUACACAAACAUGUAUUUGUGUGUGUGUGUGCGUGUGUAUAUAUAUAUAUAUAUAUAUAUAUAUAUAUAUAUAUAACACAAUACUUACACUGAUAAUAUAUUCGUUCCUCUUACAUUAUUCCACCUUGAUAGAAUCGCGUUUCACCGAAGUCCUGUGCCAAUUCUCAACAGAAUGAAUUUUAAGAUGUAAUGUUUGGCAUUUGAAGACAAUAACAUAGUUUCCAAAAAUA